GCCAACUGAAGAUGGCAAAAGGAGAUACUGGUGUGCGAUGCUUUCAGGGCUUGCUAAUUCUGGGAAAUGUUGUCAUAGGGUGUUGUGGCCUUGCGCUCAUGGCUGAAUGUAUAUACUUCGUGUCUGAUCAACACUCUCUAUAUCCAUUGCUGGAAGCUACGGACAAUGAUGAUAUCUAUGGUGCCGCCUGGAUUGGAAUCUUCACUGGUUUCUGUUUCUUUUGUCUAUCUGUUCUUGGUAUUGUUGGUGUCAUAAAAUCAAGCAGGACAAUGCUAUUAGUGUACAUCAUCCUGAUGAUGAUUGUCUUUGCCUUUGAAGUGGCGUCUAGCAUCACAGCAACAGUGCAUCGGGAUUUCCUUACAAAUGAACUUUUCUUGAAACAAAUGUUGGAAAAAUACCAGAAUCCAGACCCAAUCAACAAUGAUGACAAAUGGAAGAGUGAAGGUAUUACCCAGACAUGGAAUCGUCUCAUGUUGCAGAAUAAAUGCUGUGGUGUGAAUGGUCCAACAGACUGGCAAACAUAUACCUCCAUUUUUCGGUCGGUGAACAGUGACGCAGAUUUUCCCUGGCCACGACAGUGCUGUGUUAUGGAUCUCCUAGGAAAAGCAGUUGACUUGGAUGGCUGCAAAUUAGGGGUGCCUGGCUAUUACCAUAAGACAGGUUGCUUUGAAACUAUUACUGGCCCCAUGAACAGACACGCCUGGGGCGUUGCCUGGUUUGGAUUUGCCAUUCUGUGCUGGACUACUUGGGUCCUUCUUUGUACGAUGUUCUACUGGAGCAGAAUUGAAUAUUAAAGAUGCAAUGGCCUUGCAAUCUGUUCUUCCUGCUUUUUUCCAUAAAUCUACAUAGCCCCCCCUUCCUUCUUUUCAGUAUGAGCAUUUCUCAGAGACUACCUGAAGUUUUCUUGGCAAGGUUUUUCAGAAGUGAUUUGCCUUUGCCUCUUUUCCAGGGUUGAGAGAAAGUGACUGGCCCAGAGUCACCAACUGGCUUUGCACAAAGUGGGACUACAAUUCAUAGUCUCCACGUUGGUAGUCUGAUGCCUUAACUUGUACACUAAACUGGCACUCACAAAUAGUUCAUAGCUAUAUAAUUUCUCUCUGUGGAACUUCUCAAGAUGUCCCUUUAAUCUUUGCUUCUCUUCUCCCAUUGCCUUAAUUUCAGACAUUGUAGCUAUAGUAAUCAUAAGGUAGGAAACUGGACUAUUCUAGCUGUAACUAUCCUGUAACAAUCCAUGACAUGUUAAGAGAUAGCAAUAUAUGAGAAAAUGGAGGUAGAGACCCCGGUGCUCUCUUAUUUGUUUGUUUGUUUGCCAAUGUUUCAUUACUCCACUAGGUAACAUCAUCUGUCCCAAUGACUGUUAGAUUUGUUGCUCCCUGUUUAUAUACAGCACCUGGCUGUA